UUUUAUUUUUUCAAAUAGAAAUUAAGUUGUACACUAAAUAAAAUUACUAUUACAGUAUCAGUUUUUCAAAAUUACAAAUGCACCUCAGUAUUUUCAUUUUUUUGUAUUUUACUCAUUUAGGGGAUACAAAAAUUAUAUCCCCGAAAUCUGUGAAAGAUAGAUAUUUGGAAUAUGUCAUUACUGUAAUACAACAUAUUUGUGAUCAAAAAGGAUGGAAUUCAAUGCAACAUUUGCAGUUAAAUCAUGAUGUGUAUGGAAACAUGACAAUAAAAGAUGCAAUUUCACAAAAAGUUUACAAAUACGAUGUUUUAGAUAAGUUUAUUAUUGUUGUUCAUUUACUUAACUACAAGUAUAUCGAGAUAUUAAAAAAUUAUGCUAAACUUGUCAUUGUAAGCAUAAAAGAAUGUAAAAAGUAUUCAACACACAAUCUAUACAGAGAAUUUAUCGAUUGUACCCAACGUAUUGAACAUGGAGUGAAAAAUUCUAUGAUAAUGUUUGAUAAUUUGUACCAAGUAAUGACGUUUAUGAGUUAUUUUGAUACAAAAUGUGUAUUCAAAAAUUUUAAAGGAAUACCAUUCGUUAUUGUAGAAGAAAUUUAUUUUGCUUUUCAUAAUACAAGUACCAUGAAAAUUUCAGAUCAAUCAUUCUUUAUUGACCAGAAUGGUAAUUUUAUAUCUGAAAAUGCGAUUUCAGUACUUAAAAGUAUUAAAAAUUUUAUCGAUCAAUUAAAUGUAAUGGUGGAAAAUAUUAAAGUGAAAAAGUUAAUUCUGGCUGAAAUCCCAAAACGAGUGAACUAUUAUUGGAUUUUUGAAGAGCAAUAUUUACAUUACCAAUCAAAAAAUUCUAAUCUGACUUCUAUCGAUAUCGUGUUACUUAUGCUAGAGUCUUUUUGCGAGAACACCAUAAAAAAUGAUUACGAAGACCUUGGAUUUAAAGAAAUACUUAACCCGCAUUUAUACAAGUGUGAUUCAUUAUUUGUACCUCAAUUUAUUGAUCCUGAUUCACAAGAAAAGGGAAUAGUAAAUUUAAAUAUUCUUCUUAAUGAGGGAAACUGGAAUACUUUGAGUUAUCUAUAUAUAAAUCAUAACGGCCAAGACAUAAGUUUAAGCCGAGUGCUUAGAGAUCAAGCAAAUAAUAAUAAUUUUCAUCUUAAAAAACAGUAUAUCACUCAACUAUUAAAAUGUAGAUUUUAUGACAUUUUAAAAAAUUUCACUACAUAUUUAUCUGGAGUUUUAGACUUAAGUAAAAAACAAAAGAAUAACUCAGACAAACUGAAAGAUCUAAAUUGUUAUAUUGAAUGUGUGAAUAAUUUUUUUCUGAUUAUGAAAAGUGUUCAAGAUUUAUUAAAUUAUUUAAAUACAGCAAUGGAGAAAUUAAAACAAGCAUCAAUAUGGCAUGAAAAUGGAGCAUUUUAUUGCUUAUCACCAAUAAAAAAAAUAAUUGAUAAUAUACUUGAGGUGAUGAAAGAAAAAAAUUUGUUGCGAGAUGAUUUUUCUGACUGUAUAUUAAAUUUGGAAGAAGUAGCAAACAAUUAUAUCGCUGACGUACACGAUGUAAAAUGCUUUAUUCAAUUAGAAUUUAGACAUGUAAGGGGAGUUCAUGAAAGCCAUUGUUUUUAUCACGAAAAAGUCUUAUUUACUAAACAAUAUGUUUUUAAUAUUAGUAAAAAAAAAACAAUCUCAACAAAUAUUGCUCAUUCUUCUACUAAUCCUAUUUCGAAUUGUCAACAGGCUUGUACAGAAUUAUAUUUGUUUUGUGAAAAUUUCAUCGGCAACGAAUAUAAAAAUCUAGGGUUUGAUAAAAUUAAUUAAAAAUUGGUUGUCAUUCUUAAAUAAUUUUAUUUAUGUCAAGAUUAUUCUAUUAAACUCAUUUUAUGAAUCAUAGUUAUUAGUAUGCUAAAUUGCUAUAGGAUUAUUAAUGUCUAAAAUUUAUCAAAUACUGUUCGGUAGAAUUAAUCAGAUUAUAGGAUAGCUAGUUAUGCUCUGCUUUUAAUUGUUGUACAAAAUAAUAUUAACAAUAAAAAAUAAAAGCCUAUAAUAUAAAAUGAAAUGCAUAUAAAUUUAAUGA